AUGUCCCUCCCCAACGGCCAUCACGCGUGGCAACCCCCCAACGGCCAUUACGCACCCAGCAGUAAGCUUCAUCAGUCUUUUGAUGAUGCCUCUGCGCGCAACGGCACGCCUCUCGACAAUUCCAUAUCAUUGAUGCCUGAGGCACCACCCGACGCCGAGGAUGAGCGACGGCGAUCCCAGUUCAGGGAUCUCUUUCGCGAGAGCGAAUCCAGAAUCGCAUUGCUCUUCGGCGAUGAUGGCUCCUACAAUCACGAUGCCAUCAAUGCGCUGAAGCAGACGGCCCCCGCGCCUGCCCCCUUGCUCCUUGAAUCGGCUGAGGACGCGCCUCAGACCGCGGCGCAGGAGCCACCGCGCAAGAAGGCCAAGCGAGUCAUCGACGAAGAUGACUACGGUGAUGACGACGACGACGAAGAUGAAGAUGACGAAGACCCCAAGGAAAAUGGCGACGCGUCCAAAUCCAAGGAUGCUAAUGCGAUGCUUCCGAGCCCCUCCAAGUCGGGCAGCUCGCCCGUUCGCUCCUUUGGCUCUCCCGACAAGACGAGCGACAAGACGAAACUGCCCGACACAUCACACGACAUGGCAAAAACGAGCGAGGAUGCGCGCAAACAGCUCGAAGAGUCGCGAAACGCAACCGAAGAAGCGGCGCGCCGCAGCUUCCACACCGUCUUCUACACGCUCGAGAAUGAUCGCACCGCCAUGCUGGAGCAGCAGCAGCUAGAAGAGUCGGAGAAGCAGCUGCAGGCUGAAAUGGACAACAAUACAAGCCAGGGUAACGCGGCCGGCGGCCAGGCCGAGAACCACGGCUCCUUGAGUAGCGCCAACCUCGGCGCGUCGAGCUUGACCCUGAAGCACCUCAUCGCGAGGAUAGACAUGAAACGCGACCAGGUGCGCGCGUCCGAUGCCGAACUGCGGUCCCUCAUGAACGAGGUCCGAAAGAACAGGAGCAAAUGGGCCAGCGAAGAGAACGUCAAUCAGGAGGAGUUGUACGAGGCCCUGGACAAGGUUCUCACCGAACUCAAGGCGCACACAGAGUACUCGACGCCGUUCUUGCAAAGGGUGAACAAGAGAGAUGUGCCGGAUUAUUACAACCUCAUCAAGCAACCCAUGGAUCUGGGCACUAUGACGAAGAAGAUCAAGUCGCUCACCUAUAAGUCCAAGACGGACUUCGUCCAAGACCUGAAUCUGAUUUGGGACAACUCCGAGAAGCUCAUCCCUCUGAUCCCCGACCUUACCGUGCGCCCUCGCGCCGAAGUCGAGGCCGAAGAGCGGCGCAAACAGAAUGGUGGUGAAGAAGAAGGCGGCGACGACUCGGACGACGAGCCAAUCAUGUCGUCUCGCGGCCGCACUGCUGGCACCAAGGGAGCCGCCAAGUCUCGAAAACACCCGCCAGAUCAAAAGGAGGACACACCAAUGACUGACCAGAAGCCCGCAAUUCAUCUCAACGGACUGCUUGCGAAACAACGCGAGGAUUCGGAGGCCGUUGACAGCAGCAAUGGGUUCGGCACGCCUCCAGUCGGCGCUGGCUCCAUCACGCCCAGUGCCGCCAAUGGUCCUUCGGGCGUUGCAAGCAAUGCCGAUGCCAUGGAUAUAGAUGGCCCCUCGCUGAACGGAAUGGUUCUCGGGCACGCCCUGAACGAGGCUGGCGAGCAGGACCACGAAGACGAGGAGUACAAGAUCUGGAAGCAGGUCACGAAGAAGGAUCGCGCCCUCAUUGCCAAGGAGCGCCAUAUUUUAUUCAAGGAUAGUAAGCUCAACACGGAUGCGCCUGCUCUGUUGCGCACCAAGGCCGGCAUCCGACGCUUCCUGCGCGGGCAGAAGGAAGCAGAGGCUCACGGCAUCAUCAGCCACUCCCAGGCAGACUCGUCAAUCGUUGCCGCCAAGGACGCAUCGAACCCUGCCGAGACUCUCGCCGAAGGCAUGGAAGGAGAAGAGGAGCGUGUCGUCCCCGACUACUACGAGCCUCUGACCACGAUUCCAGAUGUCAAUCCCAAGCUUCAGUGGAUCGAGGAUGGCGAGGGCCAGGUCAUCAACCAGCACGAGGAGUUCCUGCGCAUGGUUCCCGCUGGGCACUUCUUGGCCCCCAAGGGCAAGUUUGCGAGUAAAAUCGACACCAACAUCCGACAGAUCCAGGAAACGAGGAAGCUGGCCAGCAAGAUUGGUGUGAUCAAGCAGAUGCAAAUCCAGACGCAGGUCUACACCAACCAGUUUCCCAAGGUCAACUUUGACUCCUUUGUGGAGCAGGACAUCGAGCCCACUUUCAUGGCCGACAACGGUCCCAUUAUCGCUCCCCAGACUUGUCAGAAGGCCUUCCAGCGUUCUGUCGCCAAGAUCCUGUACACGAGCGGUUUCGAGGAGCUCCAGCCAUCUGCGAUCGAUGCGCUCACCAGCAUCGGUGCCGAUUACUUCCAAAAGCUCAUUCACACCUUCAACGUAUAUCGGGAGGCAGAGAAGAAGGAGGACCUCCUAAUGCACCCAACGGUGCCAGGUUCCAACCUCGCAUACGCCAAGGAUGAAGUGGAUAGGUUGACGACGAAGCUUGACAGUAUCCACGAGAGGAUGAAGAUUCACUUGACGGAUCUGCUGCGUCCGGCGCUCAGCCAGGAGGCUGGCCAGGAUGGCGUGGGCGCUUUCAACGACGGCAGCGAGCAAUUCGUCAGCGGAGACUUCGCCGAGGACCUCGGCGAGGACUUCUUCGGUUUCAAGUCUCUUGGUCUGGAUCAGGAACUCGGACUCGACAUGCUUUCUGUUCCCCUACAUCUUCUGCAGACCCGCAUGAGGACUUGCCGUCAAGCAGAGGAGGCCGAGGCCCCGCCUGGGCGCUACGGGCAAGAUUGUCUCACCACAGAAGAGGCCGCCAAGGAACAGAUCGCGCUGGCCAAGAAGAAGAAGAAGCUCGAGUCUGGUCAGGCACAGGUUACCGAAGGCAAGGGCGUUCAAGCUUCGCCCGAGAAGGGGGUCAACACGACGCCGGCCAAAAAGAAUAAGAACAUGCCCAUCACGAAUGGCACGGCCAUUCCCGCACCGGUACUCGCGCCCAGUAUUGAGCGGAUUGACAGCAUGCAGAGCCAGGGCAACGGCAGCCAAGCGGAAGAGAGGGACGGCGCUUCCGAAAGUGCGGAACGAUAA